CUCUCUCCGGCCCGUACGUUCCUCCAUGGCGUACGAUGGGGCGUCGGGGCCAUACAGGCCUCCGCCGCCGCCGCGUUACGUGAUGCUCACGGAGGAGUACGGAUCCAACGACUCACUGGCGGGGGCCCCGCCGGCCGGGGGUGGUGGCGGCGGCCGCCGCAGCAACCUGCAGCCCCAGUACAGCGAGGACGUCGACGGCGGCUUGUGCGGCUGCCUCUGCUGGUGCUGCUGCUUCCUUCUCCUCGUGAUCGCCGCGGUGGCCGCCACGGCGGCGUACUUCGUGUACGCGUACAGGCCCAAGGCCCCGUCCUACUCCGUCUCCGGCAUGUCCGUGGCGCAGCUCGACGUGAGCGCCUCCGACCUCUCCGUGUACGCCAGGCUGGUGGCGUCGGUCAGCGCCGAGAACCCGAACGACAUGAUCGGGAUCAGGUACGGGCCCGGGUCGCGCACGGUGGUGUCGUACCGCGGCACGGUGCUGUGCUCGGGGAGGCUGCCGGCGUUCUACCAGGGGCACCGGAACACGACGGUGAUGGUGGUCGCCAUGGAGGGGCGGCACGGGUUUGGGUCCGGGCUGCAGAGCGCGCUGGAGGAGAGCGAGAAUGCCGGCAACGUGCCGCUGGACGUGUACGUGAGCGUGCCGCUGACGCUCCGGCUGGGCGACGUCGACCUCCGGGAAGUUACGGUGAACGUGCACUGCGCGCUCGUCGUCGACAGCCUCUCGCCCAAGAAGAAGCCCGCCAUCAAGUCGGCACAGUACAAGUUCAACGCAGAGUUUUGAUAAAGAUUAGAUUAGAUUGAUCGAUUAAUCUCUCAAUUAACGUAGCUAGGCUUGUAAUUAAUUUUUUAAUAUAAUUCAUGCAUAUAUACUGACUACUAGUUGAUUUGUUUAGAUCAGCUGCCUUUCAAAACAACCCGUAAUCGAUCGUACUGUGUAAUGCAUAUUAU